AACAACUGUCGUGGACAUCUUUUCACUUAAACAGAACGCGUUCUGAGAGGAACGAUGUAAACUAUCUUCUCUCUCUCUCCUCUGCAUUUAUCUCUCAUCUUCUGCCGUACAGCCAUGACCCUCAGAAACCAUUUUUAUACUAUGAUUCAUCUUGUCUUUCUCUGUUUCUGCAUCACCUCUUUUUCCUGCCUUGCAGCCGACACCAUUUCAAGGAACGCAACGCUCUCUGGGGAUCAAACCAUUGUUUCUUCAGGUGGGAACUUUGAGCUGGGAUUCUUCAGCCCAGGUAAUUCUUCAAAACACUACAUAGGCAUAUGGUACAAGAAAGUCGGCAAACUAACUGUAGUCUGGGUGGCGAACAGAGAAACCCCAGUUUUAGACAAGAAUUCUGCUCAACUCAAGAUUUUGGAUGGUAACUUAGUGCUCCUAAAUGAGUCACAGACCAAGAUUUGGUCCACUGAUACAAAUUCCACAGCUUCAGAUGUAGUUGCCGUGCUUCUUGAUGAUGGGAACUUAGUUCUGAGAGAUGGGUCAGAGUCAAAUUCUUCAAUUGGUCAACCUUUGUGGGAAAGUUUUGAUAAUCCGGCGGAUACAUGGUUGCCUGGGGGAAAGAUUGCUUAUAACAAAAGAACACGCACGAAGCAACUUUUAACUUCUUGGAGAAAUUCUGAGGAUCCUGCGCCUGGGCUGUUUUCUCUCGAGCUUGAUCCAAACGGGAGUCAGUAUAUUAUAAGGUGGAAUGGGAGUGAGGAGUAUUGGACUAGUGGGGCUUGGAAUGGUCAUAUUUUUAGUCUAGUCCCUGAAAUGAGGUUGAAUUACAUCUAUAAUUUUAGCUAUAUUGAUAAUGAGAACGAGAGUUAUUUCACGUAUUCUCUCUAUAAUCCGUCUAUUAUAUCAAGAUUCAUUAUGGAUGUUUCCGGGCAGAUUAAGCAGUUGUCGUGGGAUAACACGGACUGGAACCUGUUUUGGUCUCAGCCGAGGCAGCAGUGCGAGGUGUAUGCUUAUUGUGGGCCGUUUGGUACCUGCAAUCAGAAUUCAUUGCCGUUCUGUGAUUGUUUGGGGGGAUUUCAGCCUAAGUCGGAAAACGAUUGGAAUUUGAAGGAUUAUUCGGGUGGCUGUGUGAGGGAGAUGAAUUUGCAGUGUGGAAAUAACAGUACUAAUUCUAAUGGGAGAAGAGAUGCAUUUCUUGUGAGGCCCUAUAUGAGCUUACUUGACAAUUCUCCAACGAUGACGGUUAGGAGUGCAGGCGAAUGUGAAUCUGCUUGCUUGAAUAAUUGCUCUUGCACAGCUUAUGCCUAUGAUGGAAAUCAAUGUUCUAUUUGGAAUGAGGAACUAUUGAAUCUGCAGCAACUGAGCCAGGGAGAUGGUAAUGCGAAAACCAUAUAUAUAAGACUUUCUGCUUCUUCGUCUGUGUUUUCUAGUGCCAAGAAAAGUAAGGGGCCAAUUGUUGGUGCUGUCAUUGGUUCCAUUGCUGCUAUAGUCCUACUUCUGGCAAUCGUAAUGGCAGUAAUUUGGAGACGCCGGAGGCAAAUAGUUGGGAGUUCCAAGCCAGUGGAAGGUUCUUUGAUGGCAUUUGCAUACAAAGAUUUGCAAAAUGCAACGAAAAAUUUCUCGGAAAAGUUGGGAGGAGGUGGUUUUGGAUCUGUUUUUAAAGGGACUUUACCCGACUCAUCUGUCGUUGCUGUGAAGAAGCUCGAAAGCAUCAGCCAAGGAGAGAAGCAAUUCAGGACAGAGGUCAGCACAAUCGGGACAAUUCAACACAUGAAUCUUGUUAGGCUUCGUGGGUUUUGCUCCGAAGGUAGUAAAAAGCUGUUGGUUUAUGACUACAUGGCAAAUAGCUCCUUGGACUCCCAUCUUUUCCGUGCCAAUGAAUCCAAGGUUUUGGAGUGGAAGACGAGAUACGAAAUUGCAUUGGGAGUAGCUAGGGGGUUGUCGUAUCUCCAUGAAAAGUGCCGGGACUGCAUCAUUCAUUGUGAUAUAAAGCCUGAAAAUAUAUUACUAGAUGCUGAAUUCUGUCCUAAAGUGGCAGAUUUUGGCUUGGCAAAGCUCGUCGGGCGUGAUUUUAGUCGGGUUCUGACGACCAUGAGAGGAACGAGGGGUUACCUUGCUCCUGAAUGGAUAUCUGGAGUUGCUAUUACAGCCAAAGCAGAUGUAUACAGCUAUGGAAUGAUGCUCUUUGAACUAGUAUCAGGAAGGCGAAACUCUGAGAGCUCUGAAGAUGGGAAAGUUAAAUUUUUCCCAGCGGUGGCUGCUAGAGUGACGGUAGAUGGAGGGGACGUGCUUGGCCUGUUAGAUCCUCUACUGGAUGGAAACGCCGAUGUAGAGGAGGUCUUAAAGGUAUGCAAAGUUGCUUGUUGGUGCAUCCAGGAUGACGAAAACACUAGGCCAUCAAUGGGUCAGGUAGUUCAAAUCCUUGAAGGCCUCAUGGAUGUGAACUUGCCUUCAAUUCCUCGUUCACUCCAAGUCUUCGUUGAAAGUGAGGAGCACAUAAUCUUCUUCACUGAUUCCUCAUCUGCUGACCAGAGUUCACAGACGAAAAGCAACACCUCAAGUGCUUCGGCUCACUCCAAGACCAGCACAUCAUCAGCUAAUUAGCUGUGUAAGUCUUAAACAGUUCAGAAUACAUAUUUUCAGCAUUUCCUGGAAGCAAUGCAAAAAAUAGAUCAAUAAAUUGUACUAAGCUAGUAGAUUAUUUUGCAUAGGCAGGUAAAUACUUAAUCAAGUAAUUGUUAGUUUCUUGAUUAUAUUUGUUCUGUUCCUCGUCUGUAUCUUGCUUCGAGCACUGUUUUUGACAGCGUGUAAUGAAAAUUUAAGGCGUGGAAGCUUGUUGAAUUGAGAGGUGAAAGAAAUAUGGAAGUGGAGUGCCUGAAAUGUUCAGCAAAUCAGGUUUUUAUCCAAGUGUUGCUAUAUGAUUCAGUUGUUAACUGGUGUUUACAUAUGGAGUUUUUCCUUGUUUAGCUGCAGCUCUAUCUGGUACUUAUUUUGUUUUUCUCUAUUGUAUUUUGUAACAAUGAUUCUUGAAAAUCACUGCAUAGCACGGGUAAUAUGCUAUAUUGUAUAUGUAAGUUGUCAUCGAUCAAAUGUGAAGCAGUGUUCAACCCUCGC